GCACUAGCUCUACUUGUAUCACACGUCGCGUCUUCAGAAUGUCGAGGGAUCGCCUAGCUGCAGCAAGGGCUCGUCGCGCACAAACGAUGGAGAUGUCAAAUCUCGCUACUACCGGUCCUGCAAACGCAGGAGGGUCCUCGUCCCCAUUUUUAUCAGAGGCCACUAAUAUACAAGAGGGCAUACGGCAUUAUAAUGAGAAUGUUUCAAGGAUAUCGAUAUUACGCUCUCAGAUGUUAAAUGAACCGAACGCGGAAGAGAGUGAACAGCUGGAUUCUCUGGCUGAAGAAAAUCGCACUUUGAGUCAGGAUCUGAGGGAGCGCAUUCAGCGGUUGGCUCAGCAGCCACAAGAACAGGAUGCGGAAUUGAGAAGGACUCGAAUAGCGCUACUCCAAUCAAAAUUCAUGGAGGCAAUACAGAAUUAUCAAUUGAUUGAGAAGGAGAAUCGAGCCAAAUCACGACAGAGAGUUGAACGGCAGCUCAAGAUCGUGAAACCCGAUGCAACGCCCGAGGAAGUCGCCGCUGCGUUCGAGGGAGGGGGUGAACAAAUAUUUGCACAGGCUUUGACAACUUCAACUCGCUAUGGCGAGUCAAGAGCUGCUUACCGAGAAGUUCAAGGAAGACAGGAAGAUCUCCGCAAGAUGGAACAAACACUAGCCGAAUUAGCCCAACUUUUUAAUGACAUGGGAACCCUCAUUGAACAGCAAGAGGCCGUCAUCACAGCUGUAGAGGAUACGGCUAGAGACGUAGAGGCUAACACGGAGAAAGCCCUUCAACAUACGGGUCAGGCAGUUGUUCAUGCACGAUCGUAUCGUAAGGGUCGUUGGAUAUGUUUCUUUAUUUUUCUUUUCGUAGUAUGUGUCCUUGCGCUUGUGUUGGGCAUCGUUUUUGGUACCAGAAAGUAAUUAUGUACAUUAUUAUAUUAUAUUUCUAAUUU